GCUCCAUAAUCCUUCUCUACUUGUAACUUCUGCUGUCCCAGUAUCCCAUCUUUGAACUCGCUCGCUCCAGCAAGAAAGGAUGGCUGCCUCUCUCGGAGUCUCUGAAAUGCUCGGCAACCCCCUCAAUUUUAGUGGUGCCUCCCGUUCUGCAGCAGCUGGAUCAAACCCGGUAACUUUCAAGACUGUCGCACUCUUUUCUAAGAAGAAGGCAGCUCCAAAAUCCAAGCCUGCUGCUGUCUCACCGGCUGACGAAGAGCUUGCCAAGUGGUAUGGUCCUGACAGGAGGAUUUUCUUGCCGGACGGACUGUUGGACCGGUCUGAGAUUCCAGAGUACCUGACCGGAGAAGUUCCUGGAGAUUAUGGUUAUGAUCCUUUCGGUCUCAGUAAGAAGCCCCAAGACUUCGAAAAGUAUCAGGCAUAUGAGUUGAUUCACGGAAGAUGGGCAAUGCUUGGUGCAGCUGGUUUCAUCAUCCCCGAAGCCUUCAACAAGUACGGUGCCAACUGUGGCCCCGAAGCAGUAUGGUUCAAGACAGGAGCUCUUCUCCUUGAUGGAAACACAUUGAAUUACUUUGGAAAGCCCAUCCCCAUCAACCUCAUUGCUGCUGUCAUUGCUGAGAUUGUUCUUGUUGGUGGUGCCGAGUACUACAGAAUUAUUAAUGGCUUGGACUUGGAGGACAAGCUCCACCCAGGUGGCCCUUUUGACCCACUGGGGCUUGCAAAGGAUCCAGACCAGGCUGCUUUGUUAAAGGUGAAGGAGAUCAAGAAUGGUAGGCUCGCGAUGUUUGCUAUGCUAGGUUUCUUCAUUCAGGCUUAUGUAACAGGAGAAGGUCCUGUCGAGAACCUCGCGAAGCAUCUCAGCGAUCCUUUUGGCAACAACUUGCUUACUGUCAUUGCUGGAACUGCUGAAAGAGCUCCUACCCUGUAAUUUUUCGUGUCCCGAAUGUACUCGAAAACUUUGAAUGCAUUAAUGUACAUUGAUCUCACCGAGAGAUUUCAAGGCCUGCAACAAUCUAAUCUAAUCCUUUCUUAUGGUA